AUGAAGCGUGCUAGAGAUAUUAGAGACCAGCUUGAGGAACUCUUGGAGAGGGUUGAGAUUGAGCUGGUCUCAAAUCUCAGUGAUUACGAGACCAUAAAGAAGGCUUCUUCCCUCAUUCUGCAAAGCUUCAAAAGAAUUGAUCUUAUAGAACAGUCAAACAUCCACAGACCGUCCAUAUACAUCCCAAGCUCAGGGCUAUCACAGGUAAAGAUGAAGGGACAAACUACAUUAAACCCCCCAACCUAUAGGGUCAUUUACGAGUUCAUACCCGAUUUUUGGGACAUUUACGAGUACAUACUCAACGUUGCGGAAAACCUACAAUUUGCCCCCUUGCCCCCUUGCCCCCUUAGAUGGGCUGUUUGUGUGCGUAACGACGGAGAGAAAGGUCUCCGAGGGAAGCAAGAGGAAGAGGCAGUCGAUGAGGAUAGAGAUCUUGCCCUUGGUUCUAUCCAACGACAGCGAGGUCAGUGGCGAUGA